AUGACCUCUCACUCUUUUCACUCGCCGCCGCCGCCGCCGCUCCCCAUGGCACGCCAGCAGAAGGUCCUGCGCCGCUCACCGCCGGUCACCCGGUGCCGGGAGCGCUGCCGCGCGGGAGAGGUCGCAGGAAAUGCAACUGCGGCGUGCGCCGCCGUGUGCUGCUGCGUACCUUGCACAGUGAUGGACGUGGUAGUGCUCGCCGCCUACAAGCUCCCCGCCGGUCUCGUGAAGAAGGCCAUGCACAAGAGGAAGCGACGCCAGUUGCAGAAGAAGAACAAGAAAACGGAGGCUCUCUUGGAUCAUAGGCCCGAUGGUGUUUCUGGGCCCAGGCCCUCUCUGGAGGAAAACCUCUCGGAAGAUGUGGCGGAGGACACUAGCAAGCUGGAGGAGGAGAUGUGGGCCCAGUUUAACGGAACGGGCUUCUGGAGAAGCGAUUCUCAGCGCCUCGAACAACAACGACAACAACCCACUGCGGAAUGCCCCUGCCAGGCCCAAUGA